GUUUGCCUUCGUAAGGGGAUAUGGGGAAAACUCGAGAGUUUUCUGUUGCCGAUUUUCAGUUUUUAUCCUCGUUUUUGUGUUUCUCCUAUCCGAGCGCCGAGGUGGGGAGAGAGGAUACAGUAUGGCGAACUGGCCGAUUCGAGGCCGUGUUUGUUGCAAGCGGUUUCCUUCACAUUUUCUGGCAGCAAGUUCCCGACACCUUUCCUUUUUUUCUGUGUUUAACUCCUACUCGUUUGUCUCAGACUUUCGUUUUUCCUGAGCUGUCGGGGCGUCCGUACUCUGCCGCUUCGACAUCCUUGCAAAACGGCCCCCGUGUGCCAGCGCCGUCGACUUUUCUUUUCCCGGCACUCACUCGUAGAAGUCUGCCUUUUCACGGAGUCGCCUUUCCGCCAACGUCGGUCACCCUCUUUAGGAGGUGUGCUCGCGCGGGUCUCCGACCCUUAUGUAUUUUUGCAGGCCCGUGGCGUUGUCUAUUCGGUGGUUUUCCACGUAGUUUCCAGAUUACUGCAACUCACAUCGAACAACCGUGCACUCUUUUCGCUGUUCCCCUUCUCCUCCGAAUCUACCAUGGACGCUGAAACGCCGACGUCUCCUCCUGCGUCGGGAGAGUCCACGACCGUCGGUUCUGCAGAACCCCCCGCUCCCGUCGGUGUUUCGGAACACCCCAGUGCAGGCGACAAGAUGGAAGCGUCUCUCGAAGCAGCGAGCGUCGAGUCCGUGUCUCCCCACUCAGUUUCCUCAGAUCCGAUUCUUUCGGCCGACUCCUCUUCCUCCUGCCCAGACGGGGACGCUGCUGUCGAGAGAGAAGCGCUGCUCGCACAGAACGCGCAGCUUCGCCGGCUUCUGCAGCAGCAGGCAUCUGAGCUGGAGCGCAUGCGCGCGGCCUCUCGGGAUCCGCGCGUCUGCGCCGAGCCUGGAGACAAAAAGGCGUCGAAGGACAAGGAAGAGCCUGUGGCCGCCGCGGCAGCAGAGGCCCUCAAGAAGGAAGACGAACUCACUGCGCUCAGACAGCAGCUGCGGGGCGUCCAGGACCAGGCCAUAGAGCUGCAGACUCGCAACGACCGACUGGUUGUCGAGCAGCAGCAGCUCGUCGAGAGCUUGACGAGAGAGAAGGUGGAACGCCUCUCCGCAGAGAGGCACAGCCUCGCGGCAGCUGCGAGCGCCGCCUCUGCAGAGGGCCGGCAACGCCUGCAACAGCAGCGGCUCGAGAUUGCGGAGAAUGCGCAAAACCAGCUGAGAGAGCAGUUGACUCUCGCGAGGCAGGAGCAGCAGCAGCAGCUCGAGGAAGCUGCGGAGGCUGCACGAGUCGCCGCCAAGACGAAGGCCGCACUCGACGCGAGGCUCCAAGAGGCGCAGGAAGAAAACGAACUCCUCAGAAGGAAGGCAGAAGACCUCGAAAAUCUUCUCCGCCAGCGGCAGCGAGAGUCUGCCUUGGAGCACGAGAAGGAGAAACAGGAACUGCUGGCAGCUCAUGAGGCCGUGGCACUCAAGGAGGAGCUUCUCGCGCUCAAGACGCAGCAUGUAGAAAAACAAGAAAAGUGCCUCCAAGUGCUGCAAGAAAGCAACGCCCAACUUCAACUCGACAACCAACGACUUGCCACCCUGGUCGAGGAGAAAGACAAGGAGUUGUCUGAGUUGAAGGAGACUCUCGCGCGCGUGGACGGGAGCGCCACGAGCAGCCAGAGCGGCCUGACGAAGCUGGCGGAGGCGGCUGCCUCUCCAGGCACUGAGUUGCCGGUGCCUCCGCGACUCAGUCGAGAAGAGGCUGCGCUUGUGUUGGAACAACGUCUCGGAGACAGCGGAGACAAUCCGCUCUCGAGCUCAGCUGUGAACGACAAGAUGAUUGAACUCGUGACGGAACUCGACGCCAAGACGUUCGAGUGCCUGGCGGCGAAAGCGCGACUGCUUCAGAGAGCGGAGGAAGCAGCGAACUGGAAGGCGGCGGCUCUUCAGUGUGAGAGCAGACGAAAGGAGGACGCGGCCCGCGUGGUGGAACUCCAGGAGAAAAAUGAGCAGCUUUCAGGUCGCCUGCAGCAGCUGUUGCUUCUGCAUCGACGCGAGGAAGAAACGUCUCACGACUUGCGAGUCGAGCUCCGGCAGAAGGACGACGAGGCGCGUCGGUACUUGCAAAGGAACGACGAACUGCUUCGUCAGCUGGCGGUUGCGAGCUGGGAGGUGCAACGUCUCUCUGGAGACGCGCACUGCGUCUCGAAAGAAAGACCUGGACCGUUCGGAGGAAGUCUCUUCGGAGUCGCUGCGGCUUCCCAUCAGAAGAAGGCCCUCGACACCGAUGGAGCCUUCGCGCCGAAGCCUGCGGGCGGAGAGGAAGAAACCGACGUCGGACUCUUGAGCUACAUGGAGGUUCUCGAGCAUAACAACGCUCUCCAGUUGAAGCUCCUGCAGUUGACGGAGACCGAGGCAGAGGCGAAGAGUUUGGAGGAACGCGAGAGAGAGGCGCAGCUCGCGCAGCUGCAGCGGGAGAUCGACGCGCUCCAGAACGACUUGCAGGGUGUACAGACCGAGCGGAAGGAACUGGUGGCUGCAGUUCAGCAGCAGCUGAGGCAGCGAGAAGAAAUGCAGGAGAAAAUCAAGGAACUUGAAGCUCGACUCGCGGUCGCCUCCAGGCCGUCGCUGGCUGAGAGCGACGACGCGGCUGAAGACGCGAGACAGCGACCGACAGGGGCGGCAGGAGACAGCGCAGGAGCCACGAAAGACGCAGAUGACGGAGGCGCCUCUCAAGACGGACUCCGACUCUCCAAACUCAUCGAACAGCUGCAGGAGGUGGCGGGAGUCCUGGCGGCGGAGCAACAGCAGAGUCGCAUGCAUCGAGAGGACCUGCAGCAGACGCGCCAGCAGCUGGCGACUCAAGAAGCCACGGCGAACUUCUUCAAACAAGAGUGCACUCGUCUGCAAGGCAGUUUGGAGCAGGUGAGCCUCCUACAGCAACAGACAGCGGCGCGCGUCGCGGCGGCGGAGGAGAAAACUCGCCUUCUUGAGGUGACCAAGGAGGAGCUGCGGGGUGAGCUGCUGGCCGAACGCGGGGAGAAGAGGAGGCUACAGGCAGAGGUCGAGGAAGUCCGCCAUAAGUGGAGACUGGAGGAACUGAGCACGAAAGAGCUACAGCAGCAAGUUGAUCGCAGCAUCGAGAAGGAAACCGAGACGAAGCGACAGCUGCAGGAGCAGCUGGCGACUCUCCAGGUGCGCGUCGACUUCUCCCAGAAACAGAACAUUGCCCUCUGCGAGCAACACAAGAAGGACCUUGAACUCUUGCAAGACCAGCUGCAGAAAAGCGCGCAACUUGCGCAGAGCCGAGAAGAACAGGCGACGGCGCUACAGCACAAAGUCGAAACGCAAACCGAAGAAGUCCACGUUCUGCAAAGCAAACUGAGGUCGACCGAGCAGCAAGCCGCGGAUGUGCGUGUGCGUUUGGAGGAGCAGAAGAAGUUGGUGGCGUUCCUGCAGCGCCGGGCCUCGAGCUCGGCCUUCGGGACUGAACGGCGGGAGGGCGAAAGCGAGGUCAGUGCGCACACAGAGGCCAGCUGUACAGACAGCCGAAGCUGCACAGACAGCCGGGCCGCGGGAGGGUCUCUCGAGGAGUGUCUGAAGCUGCAGACGCAGCUGGCUCAGCGUGAGGCAGAACUGUGCAAGUUGCGAGAAGAAAUCGAGAGCUGUCGCACUCUGAAGGAGCACUGGGAAGACGUCGCGAAAGAGCAGCAGAAGGAGCAGCGCGUCACCGCCGAGAAACUCGCAGAAAGCCAGGAAUCUUGCGCGGAAGAGAAGAAGAAACUCGAGGAAGAGAGACGGAAGGUUGAGACACUCCUCCGAGAAAAGGAAGACCAACAAGUGGAAGUCGGGCGCUUGCAUGCGGCUCUGGAGGCUCUGAAGCGUCGUGAGGAAGAGCAGCGAGCUGCCUCACAGGAAGCUGCGGAGGCGGCAGUGGCGGCGGUGGUGGAGAACUUGAAGGCCGAGACAGCGGCUUUGCGGGGACAGUUCGAGGAAGCAGAGAGAAAGAGAGAAGAGGUCGAACGGUGCUACAAACGAGAACGCGAGUCGCGCGCAGAAGACGUCCGCAGAGCCGACGACGUCCACAAGGAAGUCCAGACGCUUCGGGAGAAGAAGCGAAAGCUGCAAGAGGAAAAGGAAGAAAAAGAGGAAGCCUGGAGAAGACAGAGGCUGGAGGCCGAGGAGGAGCUGUCGACGCUGCGUCAGCAGAAUAAAGCGCUGCUGCGUGACGUCGAGCGCCUCAAGAUCGACUGCAAGAACUUAAAUGAGAAAAUCGUGAAAAACACUGCGGCGACCGCUGCACCUGCUGCCGAAGCUGGAUCUGACGGUGGUCUCGACGCCGCAGCGACUCUCCUUAAAGUUCGCCUGGAGGAGGCCAGCGUCAUGCGCGUGACGAUGGAGGAGGAGCUGCAUGCAGCGCGUCUGGAGAUGGCGAGGAAGGAAGUCGAAAUCCGGGUGCUGAAGAAGCAGGUCGAGGAAGGCCGGGCGCAGCGCCGCGCCGAGGAGAAGCGCAUGGAGGAGCUCGAGAGCGAACUGCAAACCAAGCAGAUGAAUCAAACGCUGCUGGGCAAAAUCCCGACGCUCGAACUCGACAACGAACGCCUCAGAAAGGAACUCGAGGCGGCACACGAACUCCAGAGGAAACAGCAGGAAGAGCUGCAGCAGCAGAGGCAGCAGCUGCAGCCGCUGAUGCUUCAGACGCGACAGACGGAGGCGGCCCUCGAGGCGGCAGAGACACAGAGGAAGAGCCUCGCCGCCGAGGCAGAAGAGUGGAAGCAAACCUACCAAAAGCUGAUCAAAAAGUUCCAAGGGGUGGACAAGAACAAGAUUGAGCAGAUGCGGGGAGAGAACGAGCGUCUCCAGCAGCAGUUGCAAGCCAUUGGAGCAGAGCGGGCCUCUCUCACAAAUUCCCUCAAGGAGAGCCAGAGUCGUCAGAGCGAGCUGGAGUCUGCGCUGCUCCGUCAGCAGCAGCUGUCGAGACAGCAGGCGCAGCAGCUUCAGCAGCUUCAGGAGAAGGCUGGGCGAGAGCAGGCAGCGCUGCAGCAGCAGCUCUCUCAAGCGCGACAGUCGCAGGCGGGGUCGGAGCUGUCGCGUUUGCUGGAGCAAGAACGCAGGAGCAACGCGCUUCUGCGACAGCGCGUCGAGCGGCAAGACGCGCUGCUCAAGCAAUCGCAGCAAGCGAACAAGCCUCUGUCGCCUCAGGUGGCGGCGGCGGUGGGCCGCGUCGCCCGCGUAGGCGUUGUGGCUGUCGCGACCGCCGGCCAGGCGCUGGAGGCGACGAAGGCGGCGACGCUCGCGGCGCAGGAGCAGCAGAAGAUGCGGAGUGUGUUGGACGCGGCUGCGGCGCAGGCGCAGAAGGAAAUCCAGCAGCUCCAGCAGCAGAGACAGCAGCAGGAGAAGGCCCUCGCGGCGGCCGAGGCGCGUGUGAGGCAGCUGCAGGCGGAGAAGAGACAGACCGAGGCGGAGAGAGACCUGCUUCUGAGACAGACUGGGGAACAGGAGCACCUGCUGCAGCAACAUGCGCUGGCGAACGAGACGCAACUCCGAGAAGUCGAGAGACUCGCCGCAGAGCUCCAGGCCGCUAGACACCAAAUGCGAGAGAUGCGAGAAGGAGACAGAGAGCGCGGACAGGCAGACGCAGAGGGGGAGGCAGAGGAAGAGGGAGAGAUGAGAGGAGAAGAACACAGAGAGGGAGAGAUCCGAGACGAAGAACACAGAGAGGGAGAGAUCCGAGAAGAAGAACACAGAGAGGGAGAGAUCCGAGAAGAAGAACACAGAGAGGGAGAGAUCCGAGAAGAAGAACACAGAGAGGGAGAGAUCCGAGAAGAAGAACACAGAGAGGGAGAGAUGAGAGGAGACGUAGAAGGAGAAGUGAGUGUUUCGCUUAUUGAGAGUCAAGGCCAGGAAGUCGAGAUGGAGGUUGUGCAUGAACUGGCGAGUGAAGAGAGACCAACGAAUUCCUCGCCUCUAGGCCACAGCCACACUGAAGAGCUGGAGCACGGAACCGGAGAGACACCUGCGUCGACUCUCGGCCUCGAAGAGGAGACAGGACAAGAGGAGACAGGACAAGAGGAGACAGGACAAGAGGAGGCGCUGCUCCUCGCAUCUGAGGGCGGCGACGCUUCUGGGCAGCACCAGCGCGUCGGAGGCCAGGAAGCAGAGACUGGGGGGCUCUCUCUGUCGCAGGAGAACGAGGAGAAAGGAGCUCUCGAGGAAGGCGAGGCCUCGGCUUCACCCGAACCUGUUGCAGAUGAGGGAAGUGGAGAAAUGGAAGUCUACCACGAAGAGACUCCACACUUGCCAGAAGAAGACGCGACCCCCGAGAGCCUCGAGGCCGAAGAAAAAGAUGGCGACUCGCCUUUCCAGGGGGAAGCUCUCGCCGCCGAGCUCGGAUCCCCCGACGCGGAAGGCGCUGACGGCGAUGCCAUCCGAGAGGGGGUCGAAGAAGAGACAGCUGCGAAAGAGGAGGAAGUGGAACAGUAGAGGGAAAGUAACAAUCUCGGAUAAGGAGAAGGAAAUCCUGCAUGUGGAGAGGAAACAAUGUGAGCGAUAGAAGGAAAUUCUGCUUGUGAAAGAGACGCCACAGUGUGACGGAUAGGAGGGAGAGGAAGCCGAUGAGUGUUCGACAAGAGGGAGAGAGAACAGAUGCGUUCGCAUGCUGUGGAGACCCUUUGAAUGCGAGACUUGGCCGAGAUCCGAAAAAGAGGAGACUUCGAGAAGUCACUUGUUUCUUCUAGGAAACGUCUUGUUUUUCGCCUCGUGUCUCGUGUGGCGCAAAACCAGUUUGUGAAUUUCCUUCGAUACCCGGCGACUUUCCAGGAUUCCGCCUUUGUCGUGCGGUUCCACUUUUUACUCGUGCUUUCCUCUCCUUUUUCGUCUCUUUUAUCUGGUGCUGUCUCUUCUUUCUUUUCGGUUUUUGUUUCCUCGCGCCUCGGCGUGUGUGAGAGGCGCCUCUCUCGAGAGAGCUGAGACCUCCAAAGCUCAGAAAGGGAACGGUUUGCCGAAGGAUGCUCAGAACUUUGCAUGAAAAUAGCGACUUGCCACGAAGAAACUGGGGACAGCAGACACAUCACAGAAAAGCAUGUAAAGCCCUGCGAGAAAACAAGACCUCGACUCCUCAAAGAGAGACCUUGUUUUACAUGGCCGUAGCACUCACUGGGUCCUUGUAUUUGUUCUCGACACUCACCGUCACUUCUCUCUCUUGGUCUCGGGGGAAACUUGCUUUCCAGUGCUCGUCCGUUGCUCUCUGCUGUGUGACUCCAGGACAAUUCAUUGAAAAAACCCGGUCUUGUCCUUUUGGUCUCUCUAAUAAUCACCUUUCUCUCUGUAUUGAACGAAUGCAUCGAUCGAUAUCCAUUCCUCUCUGUUGCUAUAUAGCUACAGUUACCUAUACUUGUCAAUGCCUAUAUAUAUAUAUAUAUAUAUAUAUAUAUAUAUAUAUAUAUAUGCUGGCGACCCAAGCACAUGCAUAUGACAAUGUCUGUGUGUACAAGCGAAUGGGCAUAUCGUUCUGCAUCUUCCUUUCUCCAUCUGCAUGUGCAUCUUUACCUCUUCAUUUCUCUAUAUCCACUUAUUUCCUUCUACAUAUUCAUCUGUCUCCCUGUUUGUCAGUGAACAACUGCCUACAUAAAACAACUGCUUCUGAUCUCUGGAUUUCCGUCGACGUUUCGCCGUUUGCCUGCGCACAUUCUUUUCUUUGCAUGUGCAUGCAUAGUUCGUUCUCUCCUCGGGGCGUUUGUUAAAAAGACAGAAGGGAGAGGACUCGCGAGCUUUACAACGAACGCAGCUGGCGAUCGAAACCGCCUCCCAUACGUCCCACGCACAUUCGAAAGCGGAGACGCCUUACAAAAGAGACUCGCAUAUAAGCCGACACUCGACCCGAAGCCCCUUACACGCCUGCACACAGAUCCCUAUCGAUGGUUCUGUUGAAGCAACCAUAGCGGAGAAUAAACACCGCAGAAACACAAAAUUUCCACUCUUCACACGACGCAGGACCCACCUGCCUGUAUCCGCCGAAAAUGCCAAACCCAUUCUCCCGGCACUUGAAGAAUUCUACAUCUUACAAGACC